UCCUACGUGAGCAGACCCAGUGUACUUCUUGCAUAUAAACAGAGAAAAUUACAAUAUUAAGGACUUAUUAAACAUUCUUUUGGAGUAAUAUUAGUGCUAGUCAGAGCCUUGCCUGCUACAUAAGGCUAAGAAGAUACAUUUUCUGCUGGUAAUCCCAAAGCUUUCAGUACAAUAUAGACAUGGAUUAUAAGCGAAUCUAAAUGACAACAGCAAGAAUAUAAAUCAUGAAGAGGAAUAGUCAAAGUUCCCAGUACAAAUCAUCAUAUCACAAUGGAUAACCCGUUACAAGAAAAAUAUCUGCUAUUCUGCAAAUGCUGACUAGGUGGUCUGGACUACUCCGCUGAUGCCAAAGUAUUUAUAGAUUUCACUCAAACAACAGUCCUUCAGACAUGCUUAGCCUUGUACUUGGAUGAACUAGAAAGUAAGGACCAUACAUCAAUAACUGCUUUCACAGAGUCCUUUUGGAUGCUAUACUUUUCUCAGUCACAAGCCACUGAUUUUUGUUUGGCUUUUUAAGAAGAUUAGUUUCAGCUGCUGAAGUAAAAGGAUGGGACAAGAAGAGAAAGCAUCUCUGAAAGAUUAAUUUCAGUUUAAUAUUAAUGGAUAUGUUCCUACAGGAAUAUUAUGCAUCAAAAAUGCUAGUACCCAAGCCAGUUAUUAUAUAUUCUAUAAAAAGAAGAAAUAUUUAACAGGUCUACGGUUCAACACCGGAUUUCUGAAGGGCUAACUGUCAACAAAUGGGGCAUUAGAAAAGCAGUAUUAAUAUUUAUCUUUACAUUACAUUAGUUAGGAGUAAAUAUACCUUAUUCUACUGUAAUUUAUACUUUUGUUACACAUUAAACAACAAUGUUUCAAAAUGUAAACAUUGAGGUUUCCAAAUUAUCUCCUUUAUAAUUUACUCCUUGGAUUCAGGAUUAAAUUAUUAGUUCAUCUUGUUGUUGUGUCUAACUAGCUAGCUAUCUUUCUAAUAAAAUAAUAUUUAAAGCUAUAAGGGAAAAUUGAAAAGAAUUUCCCAAACAAAAUACACCAGCUAAGAAACACAAAUGCUAACAAGCAGCAAAAGGAACACAGUUAAAAAGUAACACUUAAAAUUGUCAUUUGGAUCUGGGGUAUAACCACCAGGUGCUUUUGGAAUGACCUAAUGAAAUGGGUCGCAAAGAAGCGCGUUACUUGCAGACCUUAAACUGCGAUUCAAUGGCCCAGCAAAACAUAAAAGUACGUCCUGUGCUAUUGAAACGGAACAGCCUAGAUUCUGUUGAUUUCAUGAGGCAGCCACACCACCGCAGAAUCAAAUCUCAGCAAGUUCGAUUCCAAGAUGAUGGUAUAAACAAAAAGCCAGUGGGUGUCACUGAUUUGGACAUCGAGCCUCCCAAAGACAUAGCAUUUGUGACUGGAAAGGCACAAACAUCUAGGCACCAGAACUUGCCAAACUACCCCCUUGCUUUUCCAAGGGCUCCAAAGGGGCUUCGGAACAUUGCUAUUCAGACUUCUCCUAGCCUCAGGAAACACUUCCCAGUUUUUAGGAGGAAAAAACUGACAACAAGCAAGUCUUUAACAGAAAUGCCAACUGAGCCUGAAAGCACUGUCCAUGUUAAUGGCAAUCUUUCUGAACAGGAUCUCAUGUCCUCACACUUUUCUUAUUUAAGGAUAACUAAACAUUUAGAAGAUGGGUCUAAGAGAGACCAAAUAACCAAUCAAGUAUGUCAAGGAGUGCCUAAAGCACAAAGCAAUGGACCCAUCCACCUGGACUCAGAUGCUUUCUCAGUACUGGAAAAGGCAACUGUUUCUACCCAGGUGCCUGAAUACAUACAUAUGAGUUCUCCACAGGCCAAUAAUGCUUCCAUUUAUACUGUGGACAUGCCUAUGGAUUUAAGUGACUCAGCACAUUCUUCUACUGCAAUGAAACAAUUGAAUGAAAGUUCUAUGCAGCCAUCAAAUUCAAAAAGAUCUUACUCCUGCUUGGUCAAUACAAGUAACUGCAAUGAAGUUAAUGCACAGCCUGAUUCUUGUGAAGCAGAUAAAAGUGAUUCUGAGUUACUUGGAUCAAAUGAAGACUCCAGCACUACUCCAUUAUCACCUCCAUCGAAUCACAGUUCAUCAUACUGUUUCCCCAGAGACCAUCAGCAGCUUGCACUGCCUGAAACAGAUUCUGACUGUAUGACACUGACUAAUGAUGAUCAGGCAGUAAUGUCAUUGUCCAGAAGUAGCGUGUCAAAAUCUGUUCCUUCAUAUCAAACUGAAACUGAGAAAAGUUCUACACAGUCAGAUGUACCAGAGUAUAAUGAUUGUUUAGGAAGUUUUCACAUAAAGUCCUAUCUUCCAAGGAGUGAAAUAAAACCACAAACUAACAAAGAGAUUAGAGAAAUAAAUCAAAUUCACUUGGCACAUGGUGAAUUAUGUGCCCUACAAGGCAGGCUGCAGUCCGUAGAAGAAUCUUUGCAGUCAAACCAGGAGAAGAUUAAAGUCCUCUUGAAUGUAAUUCAAGACCUGGAAAAAGCCAGAGCCCUCAGUGAAGGGCGCAACUUCUACCGCACUGGCCAAGACCUCAACAACUGCAGCACUUGCCAGAACACUGCAUGUAUCAUUUACAGUGUAGAAUAUGACUUCAGGCAACAAGAAGGCAGAUUUCAUCAGGUUUUGAAAAAACUGGAUCAGGUAGAGCAAAGUCCUACCACAGCUCCUCCCCCAAAAUUACCAACAGACCAUCCAAUUCCUGAGAAACAGGAAUUAAGAAGAAAAACAAAAAAGGUGAAAAAGAAAUGCUUCUGGUGGAUUUGAAUAUCAUACGGCUGACAUACACAACUCUGAAACUACAUUUCAGGAGGCAUAAAAAAAAUGUAUGUAGAGGUUUGACAGUAGCUUUAAAAGUGUAUUAGUGAGAAAUAAAGCUGGGAACUAAACAUUUAAUAACAAUUAAUAUUGAAAGAAAAGCUUAGAAUAAAUUUUGCUUAUUUAAUAUGUUCAGUGAAUAAAAGUAUAUGAACAGACUAUUUUCUAAAAGGGGAUGUAAUCUUUUUCAUUAGUUUCAAAAGACAUUUUCAUAAGUUUUUGUAAAUACAAAUUUUCUACCUGCAAAUAAUGUUGGAGAUGUGAUUUAAACUGAUAAAAGCAAAGGCAGUAAAAGUUAAGGAAGUCGCACUAAAAAUAGCCAUCUCUGGCUUAGUUACAAGAAACACUGGUUAUAAUCAUUUCCUGGUCGAGCCUUCAAAGAUACACGAGUUCAGUAGGACAAAAGUUUUCUAGAACAUAGGUUCUCAUCAUUGGUAAAGUUAUUACAAAAUUAUUUCAUCUUUCAAGUGAGUUAUUUUUAUUGCCUUUGUACAAGACUUCAAACAAAAAAGAUUUGGGACUGGACACUAUUCCUUGUUUUUGUUGGUUUGAUCUAGAAACUAACAAUUAUUUAAAAUGCAGUUUUGCAUAUUUAUUAAUAGCCUUCCCGAGAGAUCUUUCAUAAAGCAAUCCUAUCUUUGUUUGUACUAAAUACACAUCUCAAGUUUUUCACAGCAUAUUAGAAUGCCUCAAGACAAGUCUCUUUGACCCAAAAUAUAGUCAGAGGCUCAGGUGGUGUGAAAGCAGCAGUAAACAAUGAUGCUCUAAUAUCAAUGCAGGUAAGUGAACUGAAGGUUAAUUUAUCCAUAUGUUAAAUAGCUGUGGCAACCGAUCAACAGUAGAUAUUUAAAGGGUAUUUUUAUGCACUCAAGAAAAGCAUUUAGUAUGCAAGAUGAUCAGAAUUUAUAAAUGGAAAAAUCUCUACAGAAAAAUUAAUAACCAAGUCUUAAAGCUCUGAAAAAUCACUAUAUAAUAGUAUUCAGUGCAGUCCUCCUCUGAGAAUUAAGUAUAGUUUGUUAAAACAGCAUUUCCUUGUCUAUUAGAUUUAUUCCUUGGGUACAAGAAUAUUUUAAUUCUUGUUCUUAUGAGCUGUUUCAUGUUAGGGAAGACAGCUAGCUUGCUUCUAAUCCUUUCUGUACAUCAGAAAAAUCAUUCACUAAAUUCCAAUUAAACAGAGAUAAUCAAUUAUAUUUGUAUGAGCACACUAAAGGCCAAAAGAUAACAGAUAUCACCAAUGACAUGCAUAAAAUGUGGCUUGUUUAGCUGUAGCUGGUCUUUAUUCAGAGCAGCAUAGUAAAUAGCAGUAUGUAAUAUGACUUGGAGCCUAGGAAAGUCAGCGGGAUUGGUAAGUAAAAAAAGCCUUUACAAUCAUUUAAUCCUAUUAGUUAUGCAAGUCACUGGGAGCAAUGAAUCCACAACACCAUUUACUUGACACUUUUUGGAGGAAAAACAUUAUUUUAAAUUCUAGUAGUAAAAUUCUACCAUCUACAAAAAUCUCUUUCCUAAGAAUUUGGAGUCAGUGUUGACCCUUAGUAUGUUAAAGCACAUUACCAUAUGUCACACAAAUACCCCCUCUACUUACAUAUAUAUACCUACACAUGCAAACUGUGUAUAGCAGAGAUACAGAAAGGUCAUAUGUGCUACAGUUUUUCUUCUAUUAAAGUAUUUUUUGAAAACAAUGUCCUUUGUGGUAGGGUACUUCCAUGAAUAAAAUAAAAAAAGUGAUGGUGCUAACUAAGCCCAUCGAGUGGCUUAAGAUUUAUCAGAUUUUUAACACCCAAUAUAAAAAAUGUGAUAUUCAGAGGAGAAAAGCUUUAAAAUAAUUUGUUUUACAUAUUUCAUAAAUGUGACCAUAGAUUCAAAGUAGUUCAGCUUAGACACGUUUAUUCAAAAAGGGAAACCAGAAAGAAGUCUCAGUACUUUGCUUCAUUUUGGUUCAUCAUACCCAACAGAGUUUUCUCGGAUACAUCAAAAAUGAGCACUAUCAGUAAUAAACUAAUUUCAUAGGAGGAAAAUCAACCCUAGCCAAAGGGUCCACUCAAAGGCCUAUGUCUUUCUUGGAUCCAACACCCACUGACCUCCCUUGGAUUCAAGGGGCACCUUAACCUGUAACGUAAGUGAAGCAAUAAGACUUCUGCACAAGGCAAAAUUUUGCUCCAACAAUACAAGAUUGAAUGUAGAAUUUCUUAGCUAGUCAGGUGGCUCCUUGCAGCCUGGCAUAAUUACAGCUGAAGGAGGAUACA